AUGUCGCGCCGCACCCGCGCCGACGUGUGGGAAUUCUUUUCCAAGGUCGACCAAUUGGCCACUUGCCAGCUCUGCGGGGCACAAUUUCGAUAUGUUAAUGGGACGACAAGCUCAAUCCGACGGCAUCUUUUCAAAAAACAUGCUGACAUCGCGGAUAAAAUCGGAAUAUCAGGCAGAAAAGAUGUAAGGGAUCAUAACAGGGAGAACAUUCCGCUCACAUGCCAAUUGCCAUCAACAUCCACAUCGAUGUUGAACAUCAGCGUGAAUCCCGGCCUAGCAUAUCCAGAUGUUGGGAAGGAUAUCAAAGAUGAAAUAGGCUUUGAGGAGGAUGUCCAUGAUUACUUCUUAGAUGAUGGAAAUACGAACACCGAGGCGCUUCUUUAUGCCACAGGCACAUCAGUUAAUAGCCCGACUGAACCGUCACCUUCGCAAGAGGAUCGAGAACCCGAGCAGAAACUGGACGAGCCAUCGCCAUUACAAGGACAACUAGACCAGGCAACGUGGGAACUCAAGAUGUCGCGCCUCGAGCUCAAAAACGCGAACGUCGAGUUGGAGAAGAUGCAGCGGCUGUACAUGAACAAAUCGAUUGAACUGGACCUUAUGCGGGAAGAGUACGAAAAGAUGAAGGGAAAAUUGGCGAUACUCGAGAAGCAUAGCGGCAUCCCA